CGUUAAGAGUUGACAGCUGACAGCUGACAGCAGCAUCCGUGAAACAGACCGUCUCAUUCAUCUGAAAUAGAAUUUGUUUAUUAUAUUUUAGUCAUUUUCUUUGGGUUAUUACGAGUAACAGUGAAAGAUGAAAGCAGUACAAGGCUUAACUAGGUUUAGUGUAUCACAUCUAAAUAGGGUUAAUAUAUGUUGUCUGGAUAUUUCAUCGAGACUGCAGGUGCGACAUAGUGCCAUUUUAUUCAACUCACAUUUUAAGUUAUUAGCACCUACAGCGGUUAAAAUUAGAAGUUUGGGGCUUGGACCAACUUCUAAAGAUUUUGAUGAUCAGCCACAGGCACAAAUUACUAGCCCUUUGACAAAACUACACGCCAAUGAACUUGUGCUACACUUAAAUGAUGAAGAAAGGAAAGUUUUGCUCCACGCCUUACAACAGUAUGAAUCUAAGAGAAUUAAGGAAGAUUAUGAAGAUAAGUUAGCUGGUAGAAGAUGGCGCAGCAAGCUAGGGAGACCAAGCAAAGUACCAACAUUAGGAGACGUAGAUCCUACAGGUUCCUACUGUGAGGUGCCAGAAGACUGGCUAAAGAAUAAGUAUGCGGCCAAGGUACCAGCACCCACCACAAAGGAGCUGUUACACUUGUCGUUGGCAAAUGCAAUACCAUUCAUUGGAUUUGGAUUCUUGGACAACUUUAUCAUGAUCAUAGCUGGAGACAGUAUAGAAACAGGCAUGAGUGCAUACAUUACGUUGUCAACGAUGGCUGCGGCGGCAUUGGGCAACACGCUCAGUGACGUCAUCGGCAUCGGCUCUGCUUACUACGUGGAACGAGUCGCCUCAUUGGUCGGCCUGGGCGCACCAAAACUAUCUCCUGUGCAGCUUGAUAUGACCAUCUCCAGGCGGUUUUCAAACUUGGGUCGCGUUGUCGGUAUCACAGUGGGCUGCAUUCUGGGAAUGGCGCCAUUGCUCUUCAUGGAUGAAGAUUCAAAAUCUGAACAGAAAAAAGAAGAGCUGAUAUAGAGAAGGAAAACAAACAUAUCAAACUGUUACUUAUAGGACUUUAUUUUGUCCUUCCCUCGAACUAUGUAGUUACAAAAUUAAGGAAAAAUUAAAUUGUUGUUGUUGUUCGAAAAAUUAUAUUGUGUAUACUAAGAAGUGCAAUAUUUAACGAAAUAAUACAUAUUGAUUUUUAUCCAAUGGAUCUUAUACUCUGAGUGCUAUUGUUGUGGAAAAAAUGUGCUUUGCUAUUAUAUUUAUGUAUCUCUAUAUAUAAAAAUCAAUUGCUGUUCGUUAGUCUCGCCAAAACUCGAGAACGGCUGGACUGAUUUGGCAAAUUUUGGUCUUGAAUUAUUUGUAGAAGUCCAGGGAAGGUUUAAAAGGUGAGAAAAAUAUGUUUGAGGUGGUACGAAGUUUGCCGGGUCAGCUAGUCAUGUAUAAAACUCUCAUCUACAGGGCAGUGAAACAGUUUUCUCCAACUCAAAUGAUUACAACACUUGUAAAUCCGAGGAACGGUGCACCGCUGGCCGACCGCAGAUAGUUGGGGGCCCAAUUAGCGUGCUAGCCACACGUGAAAGGCUGCCCCGCCAUCUAGCGAAAAAUCCCAUGGAUACGCCAUCGUGCCGGUUGGCGACCGGACGAGAGGGCCCGAUGGAUAUUCAUGGGGGGGCUCGGGCGUCCCCGCAGUCUCCACGCUGGCUUCCCAAUGAUGUAGCUAACUGCAGUGCGCGUCUGGGGUCGCCUGUGUGGAGGAACAUUUCACUGCCAUCCUCUCAGCAACCUCACACUCCUUUAUGAAAACAAGAGCUAAGAAAAGGGUUAAACAGCGGCUGCACUCCCUCUUCCUCAAAGUGCACCUCUCUAAUAUCCGAGGCUUGCACUCCAAUCUCAAUGCGGUCCAUCACCAUCUUGAGACCGAGAACCCCACGCUCUUGUUUCUCUCGGAGACCCAGAUCAGAUGUCCGUCCGACGCUUCGUACCUAAACUACCCAGGUUUUACCCUGGAGCACAAUUUUGUUGCCCGUGCAAGCGUAUGCCUGUACGUCCAGGACGGCGUCUGUUACCGGCGUCUCCGAGACUUUGAAGACCCCAGUUUCUCUACAUUGUGGAUACUGGUGGACACAGGCAUGGAGAAAAUUCUCUAUGCCUGUGUCUAUCGGUCGCACAGCGGAGAUUUGGAGACGACCAGAUUAGCGCAAUACCUUGAGGAGGCGGCGGAUACGGCUCGGCGGAGGUACCCCUUCGGCCCAGUUCGUGUUACUGGGGGACUUUAACGCCCAUCACCAGGAGUGGCUGUUCCCAUACCAGUGCACUGACCAUGCUGGGAGGGAGAUGCGUAAGCUUGCGCUGACGCUUGGCCUGACCCAGCUGGUCCAUGAGGCCACAAGGGUGCCUGAUGUCGAUACGCAAACUGCCAACUGCUUAGACCUUCUGCUGACAACUGAUCCAGACAGCUACUCAGUGUCAGUUUCAUCACCCUUGGGUAGCUCUGACCACUGUCUGGUGAAAUCUGUAUCCACACACUCCCCGCAGGAUCCCAGUCCCAGAGGAUCUCGGCGGAUGUGGCGGUACAAGUCAGCAGAUUGGGAUGGGAUGCGAUCUUUCUUUGCAUCCUAUCCUUGGCGGCCUGUUUGCUUCUCAUCCAGUGACCCGUCAGCUUGUGCGGAUGCCGUAGCGGGGGUGCUGCGUCAGGGCAUGGAAUACUACAUCCCAUUCUCGGACGCAGCAUCUUCCGGUGGCACUCGUCCAUGGUUUGAUGCCGACUGCGGACGUGCUGAGGCGCGAAAGCAUGCGGCAUACUUGGCAUGGGCGGAUGCCAGGCGCCGUAAGGCUGGCGACACUCCUCAGAAGAAGAGAGCCUUCAACCGGGCUGUCAAGUCAUGCAAAAAGGCAUUGCGGAUGGCUCGGUUCAACCACAUUGGCCGAAUAGGGAACAAACUGGCUUCCUACCCAGCGGGCAGUAAAGCGUUCUGGUCCUUGGCCAAGGCGGUUGAAUCGAACUUACGCCGCCGCUCACUACCGCCUCUCCUGGGGUCUGACGGGACGCUGGCUCACACCGCAGUAGAGAAAGCGAACUUGUUUGCUUCUCUAUUUGCGGAGUCUUCACGUCUUGAUACUGGUGGCGCUAUACCUCCUUCUCUACAUAACGUAUGCGAGACGAAAAUGUCCAAAAUUCGCAU